AUGCCUUACCUUGCACACAUCUCCCUGGUGGUUCGCGAGUACGAUGAGGCUAUUGACUUCUUCGUCACCAAGCUUGGCUUCGCACUGGUGGAGGACAAGCAAGAGCCAAACAAGCGCUGGGUCACUAUCCGGCCUCCAGGGGCGCCACCAGGUGCAACAACAAUACUGCUCGCACGUGCCUCAAACCCUGAGCAAGAGGCUGUGGUGGGAAGUCAAACAGGAGGGCGGGUUUUCUUGUUCCUCGAGACGGACGAUUUCCAAAGAGACUAUGAUCGAUUCAACCGUAACGGCGUCGAGUGGGUCAGGCUGCCAGCAAAGAUGGAUUAUGGAACCGUCGCAGUUUUCAAGGACUUGUAUGGCAAUCAGUGGGAUCUAAUUGAGCGAGCAAAGAGCUCUUAA